CCGGUCACAUGCCCAAUAAGACGUAAUCUGAAGCAAAUUUCGAACCAUCGUACUACUUAUGAACUACCCGCUGCAUUUGCGACUGGUGCGAUAUGACUCCAGUCUUGCUACGUGUCCAUUUAGUCCAAAUUUCUUUCGCUUCUCUUUUGGCAUCCCUUGUUAAACAGUUGUUAUCCUCACAAUUGAUACUAGUUUUUUUAAACCCUUUUGCCUGGACCAACCUCACUUGCAGAUGUGCCGCUUCGUGAUUUACAAGGGCACAUCACCUGUGCAGCUAUCUCAUCUCUUGACUCGACCGUGCCAUUCCAUCAUAAAUCAGGCCUUUGAUUCGCGUUUGCGUCUUGACCAUCGUCGGCCAAUCAAUGGUGACGGCUUUGGCGUCGGCUGGUAUGAUUCCGUCCAUGACGAGGAACUUGGCAGCCAACCUUGUAUAUUCACCUCCGUUACACCAGCAUGGAACAACGCAAACUUAAUCCGCCUAGCGGAGAAGAUCAAGUCGCCGCUCGUCUUCGGACAUGUCCGUGCGACCACUACUGGUUCUCUGUCUUUGGACAAUUGCCAUCCUUUCGCAUAUGGCAAAAUUAUGUUCAUGCAUAACGGUGGUAUUGCAGACUUUCACCUGAUUAAGCGACGACUGCAGGCCGAUCUGUCGGACGAUAUUUUCAACGUAGUACAAGGGAACACAGACUCUGAGUGUGCUUUUGCACUACUGCUGUCGAAGCUACCCGACCCCAAGGCUAAGAGUUUUACAACUCGUACCUUGCAACAGGCAAUGUUGGAUACUAUUUCAACUUUAAACGCGUAUGCUGAGGAAGCCGGUAUCACCGAGCCGAGCUUGAUGAACUUCUGCGUUACGGAUGGCGAGAGCGUCAUUGCAACACGUUAUAUUUCCUCUAGGCAUGACGAAGCUGCGUCUUUGUGGUUCUCGUCUGGGACGACAUUCAGCGAGUACGCCCAGGGUGGUCAUUACAGGAUGGCGAAAGCUGAUAAAAGAGAGAAUAUCAUCAUGAUUGCCAGUGAGCCUCUUACUUUUGAAAAAGCGGACUGGAUGGAGAUACGCACGAACAACAUGGUUGUCAUAACACCCAAGAUGAACCUCCUGCAGAUACCGAUCGUUGACAAAUUCUAUGUCUCUCCUUCUGACCCCGCGGCAUUAAACCGGGACACUGAUUUUGCCGCUGCCAAGGGCCUCCUCAGCCCACGUAAAGCCUUGGCUCCAGUUCAGCCCCGCGAUAACGCCCCUCAGUUGUCCAUCUGAUUUUUUGGGAUAGCUUCAUCACAUGCCAUCCUGUUUAUCGCUAUCUUUGUUGUGUCAUUCAUGCUGUUAGGAUCUGUACCGUAGAUGAUUAAUGACGAUUAAUUGUUGUUAUGUGUAGCAUGAUGUAGCUGUGGAAUAUAACGCGUGGACGCGUUUUGCAUGUGACUUGAAUUCGCUU